AUGUCAAGAAAUGAUCUUAAAAAUAAGAAACAUAAACAUUAUAAAGCAGACGAACUAGACACUAUGCCAAAAUGUGUCGAUUUUCAUAUUAAGAAUGGUGUUCGGUAUUUAAAACCUUAUUGGAGUAUAUAUCGAACAUGGGCUAAAGGGCGAUGGGUUGGGCGUCGUUUAGUUGAUGUUUUUGCUGAAGAGUUUAUGUCAUUAAAUCCUUAUUAUCCAGCUGCAGCAUGUAAACUAGGUCGGAUAUGGGUAAACUGCAGUCAAAUGACAGAUAUUAAUUACAUCAUUCGGCAUAAUGAUUCAAUUGAACACAUUGGUCAUCGCCAUGAACAUCCUAUUCUAGACUGUUCCAUUAAAAUAAUAAAUAAUGACAAUAAUAUACUAGUGGUGGAUAAACCAGCAAGUAUGCCAGUGCAUCCUUGUGGUAGAUAUUGUCUCCAUACCGUUUUGGGUAUGCUACGAGAACAGCAUGGUUUUCGUAAUUUGAAAGUUCUGCAUAGACUAGAUCGCACGACAUCCGGUGUUUUAAUGUUCGCGAAAAAUUCAGAAGCAGAUAAUAAGAUAAAAAAGAUGCUUCGAAUAGGCAACAAAUGGCAUAAAGAAUAUAUUUGUAAAGUAGCAGGUGUUUUUCCGGGAGAUCUAGAAAUUGUGUGUGACCGUCCUAUUGGGCCACUCGUGUUGUCUAUGGGUAUUCAGUGUAUUCGUGAUGAUGGCAAGUAUGCUCUUAGCCGUUUCAAGCGGGUAUGGACUGAUGGAAAGACAUCAGUCGUUCGUUGUGUGAUAGAAACUGGCCGUACACAUCAAAUUCGGGUGCAUUUACAAUAUUUAGGUUUCCCGAUCAUAGAUGAUUACAUCUAUAACACUCUCGCUUGGGGUAAAGCUAAAGGCGAAAAUGCAAAUUAUGGAAAAUCACUGGAACAGCUUCGUAAAGAUAUUCUAGAUGAACAUAAAGCAUCGCACUGGCAGGAAGAAGUAGAUCCUGAAUACGGAGCAAGAGUAAGGGAAAUAGCUGAAGGAGAGGUGCAGCUGGAGUCAGAAGGUCUGAAUACUGAAAUCCGCAAGGAUUUCGACCCUAUAUGCAUGGGCUGUUGUACUAAAAAAAAAGAGGUGAUGGAGAAGCACAUGAUGCUGCACCUUCAUUGUGUAAAAUAUCAGACCAGUGAGUGGAGUUAUACAAGUGAUAUACCAAAAUGGGCUAUACAACCAACUAGUGUUAAAGACUCGUGUAUUUCAAAUGAUCAAUUAUCGAACGGACACUAG